UAGCAUCAUUCCUUUGUUGGUUGCAGCUGUUUGUCUAUAGAAUGUAAGACUAUGAAAUCAUUUGGUUUUGGGCUGGUAUGCGUAAUAAGCGAGGGAAUAAAUGGGGAUGUUGUGUAAAUAGAAUGGUUGUUUGAUACAUUUUGCCGGGUAAUGAUGCGAUCGUGUUGGAUGACAUCAUAAACAUACGAGCUACGCGAACUUCCUGAGUCUCCUGUUACUUCGAUGUCAGUUCUCGCGCUACAAGCACGCGUCGCGAUGUGUUUUUACUAUUUUGUACUUUUUGUGUUUGCUGUUUUUGUGACUGAUUGUACGGGGUUGACUCCGCAAUGUAGGAAUGAAAAGGGUGAACCGGUGGAUUGGUUCUAUGUAUACAAGUUACCGCGAGAGAAGAACCACUUGAAUCCUCUAGUGCGCCGAGGUGUCGCGUACAUGCAUUUGACGCCUUCGAAAUUACGUGGAGGAUGGAUUAUGUCGGACUUGGCCAUCAGCGACCCGAGGUCUAUGGUGGGGAAGACGUUAUCUCCACUGUACCAUGAUAAAAACAUAAUAUCUCUGAUCUACAAUGAUCAGCCGCCUGCUACUGAAAAUCAGCCUGAUCUCCUGCAAUCCGUUGCUGAUAUGUACUCCAAGAGCAAAAGAGGUCAGCAAAAACAAGCAGGCGUGAGGAAGUACAAGAAGUUCAAACUUGGUGACAAGUACUACGAUGACUACGAUCUGGCUGAAAUGUGCAAAAUGCACUCUAAAUUCAUGAAGACUAGGGUUGAAAGUGGACAUACCAAGGGCGUUAUAUUGGGAGACAAGUUCACUUCGCUGUGGCUCGUGCAUUCUGUACCGAGGUUCCCGCCUCUACCUGAUUUCAUGAACGGCCUAAACGUUUCCGGGUACGAUUACCCUUCAACUGGAAUGAAAUAUGGACAAUCUUUCCUCUGCGUCUCCGUGCAAACAUCAACCCUGAACCAGAUAGCUACCCAGUUGAAGUACAAUGAACCCCUUCUAGUCCACACCCACAUACCGGCAGAGUUCGAAACUGAAUUACCGAACUUAGUCGAGGUUGUACGAAACAAGACGAUCGACGCAUCACCCUGGUACCACAUUGAAAGUUUUGAGACUCUUGUGGGAAGGAAAUUCCUGUCGUUUGCAAAGAGUGCUAUGUUCAAUGAUGAUCUGUACAGCGGUUUGGUGGCCGAAGUGUUGCAGUCUGAUCUCCUUGUAGAAUCCUGGACUAAUGGACCAGGGACACUCGACUCGGAAUGUAGUAGAAAUUUCCAAGUCCGAAACAUAGAACGGCUGAAGUUCCCGAUAGCGAAGAUGUCAUUCACGUCACACAAUGAUCACUCCAAGUGGGCGGUGGCUGUAGCGCACAAGAUGCACAACAGUCAAGAUACUAAGGUUGCAGACUAUUGGGUCUGUGUUGGAGAUAUCAAUCGAGCGUUACCACAAGAGUCACGCGGAGGCGGUACGGUAUGCACAUCAGGUCCUAUCUUAUGGGGUAACUUUGCUCAUCUCAUAGAAUCUGUACAGACGUGUAAUUAGAGUUCAAUUUGCUUUGCAUAUAAAACGUCUGCUCAAGGAAAACAUUCCUUCAAAUAACUAUCAAUAAAGUUCAAAAUUUCAUUAUUCGAAAUGAUGUAAAAAAAUAAAUAAAAUGCAUUUUCUAUUUUAUAAUUUGAAAUAACUUUUUUGUACUUAUUUAAAAAAUAAUGUGAUUUAACUUGAUAUGCUAUCAUUGCCAUUGUUUAAUCAUAGAAGCGGCCAUAACGAGCGGAAUAAAUAAUAAAUAUUAAAUUAUUAUAAUUUAUCUAAAUUGUAGUAAGUUAGUUAUUAUAGAGUUAUCAUAUAAGCUAGAUAAUUAAGUUAUAUUAGAAGAAAAAAUUUGAUGACAAAAUUCUACAACCAAUGUACGAUGUCAAAUUGGUACUUUGAUUAGUUCAAUUCAUAUUUAUAUAACUUGACAAUAAUUUAAAAAUGUAUUGUUAGUUUUCUCUUAAUGUAAGUAAAAUAGUUUUUACUUGUAAAUAGUGUAUGAGAGAUGCGUCAUGUUGUGUUUCACCCUUUGUACUUGUUCCGUGGUUCUACCGAAAUAAGAAUAUGCUUGAUUAGUUUCGAGCCAAUCCAGGGGCCCAUAAUAUCGACCAGACAAUGAGUUUUUGACUGAAUUGAUUUCUAACAAUCGUUGUGGAUGUCUGGUGUUCCUUAAAACUGGUCCAUUAUGAGCCUAUUUGAACAGCGAUACAACUUCUGAGUAAGUAUUAUAACUAAAUUUAUUUAAUAUAUCUCAUGAUAGUCACAUUCACAAGUGUUAUGCAAAUAAGUGUCAU